UAAAUAAUCGGUUAAGAAAUUACCACCGUUAGCUGUUAUAAGAAUUUUCAGUAUGUUAAAGAGCUCUUUUUUUAUUUACAAUGUCAAUACCCUGUCACUUUUUUUAUACAUACGGGAACUUCACUCUCCUUUAACUUGUUUUCGUAUAUCAAUAAUUAAAUCAGGUAACUGUUUAGCAUCGAACAAUAUAUAGUCUUACGGUAAGGGAUUAUAGCUCCCAACUAUGCAAUCCUGCACAAAACUCAUAUUCUGCUUAAGAGAUGGAAGUAAUGCUUAGCGAUGGAAGUAGUGCUUAUCGUUAGACAAUUGUUUCGAAUGAGACAUCCUUUUAUAUCCAUCACCGAAGGAUGAGGGUUAUGUUCAUUUUGGCAAAACACUUGCAACGCUCGGAAGGAAGCCUCAGACACCCCAUAAUGUAUAUGUAUUCUUGAUAAACAUCAAAUUGUAAAUGGAUUUAAGCGCAUCGGUCUGUCCGUCUGCUCACAGCACCACGACAACUGAUUUGUACACAUGUCAUGUGAAAAUUUGUAUCAGGCCUACGGCCGUUUUUGUCCAGUACUAAGGAAUAAUGGUCAAGCUGUUUUGACAAAUGAAAUGGGCCAAGUCAAGUUGCAAGCAAUUAAUGUUGACAUUGCUCGCCCGUACGCUACUUCCAACAUUACAACGGAAGGACAGACAUAUUUUCCUUCUUCUCCGACACAGGGCAUAAACGAUGUUAUAAAUUACUGAAUGGAGUACGUAUCGCCGGCUUAGCCAUGAAUUUAGAAAUGUUGACUUCAUGGGUUAUCAAUGGCUGGCCUGCAGCGAUCUCGCCAUAAGUGCUGCACAAGGCCCGUUAUUACCUGUUCUAUUAGAGAUUUGACAAGAGUUGGGAGCAAAAUUUUCUGCGGAUUGAAUCCAAUGUAUCGUGUAGACGAUACGUGGGUGUGAUUUUACCAGAAAUUUGGUAGUCAAGGCAACAAGUAAUUGAUCUUUUUACGCCUCUCUCAGUAAUUAAUGCCUUGUAAUGGAAAAUUUUAAGGAAAGUAUUGGAAAGCUGGCGACGAUGGCACCUGAUUAAAUUCCUGGCGAUAAUGAAUAUGAUUACCCGCCUGACAAUUCCAGUCAAGUGGGGAGUUACGCGCUGUGGCGUUGUUUACAACAUGAGAGCAUAAAGAAAGGAAUAUUAGUUAUCGACGUAGAUAAGGGCUAUCUCAAAAUUACGUAUAUUAGAUGCCUUGAAUUUAGGGCAGUGAGUGGCGAUUAGAUGGUUGAUGAAGCGCAGGUAUGCUUUUCAAAGCCAGCGAAAAAUUAAGAAUUUGGAUUAAUCAGAAUAGGAAACACAGCCUUAACGAAAUGGAGGCAGUCAAUUUCAAGUUUCCCGAAUCUUCCCGCGGUAUGCUUGUGAUAAAAUCCUUCGUGCUUGUUAAUCCGAAAUAUUUUUUUAAAUUUGUCAACUCCGGAAGAAAAACCGCCAUAUAUCCCACGCAUGUUUCUUUCAAUGGCGCUGAGUGCUCUGACGAUAUUGUAGUCUCGAAUCUCUUCGCUGAAUACUUCCGACGAAAAUUUUCAACUGCUAAUUCCGAUUCAACUGUCAAAUAUCCGUGUCGGAUAUCUAGCACGCUUCUGAUUCCUAAUUUGAUCAUUCCAGAAAAUGAUGGGGCAAGUUCUCUAAAAUAUAAUUCUGCGCCUGGGCCUGACGGUAUUCUAUCAUGUAUGCCUGAAACACGCUCUGGCACACUAUGUGGUACUAUUCCAACGAUUUUUAACCAUUCCUUGAAAUCACGCAUUUUUCUGUUUGUGUUGGAAGAGUAGUUUCCUUAUUCCAAUUCACAAAUAUGGAAAUAAACAACACGUGGAGAGCUACAGAGGCACUGCGAAGUUGAGUGUCUUACCCAAAAUGGUCUGAACGAAUUGCUACUCAGCAUCUAGGUUUUGCUAUUAAAUCUUACAUUUGCCCAUUUCAGCACGGCUUUCGAAAAGAAAAAUCUACUGU